GGGUGCCUGCACGAUCAUCAAAGCUUGAUGCAUCCUCAAGAGACGGGCGCGAAAGAGAUCAGUUUUUUUUUCGUUGGAUUUAUUUAAAGUGUCGUGUUGAUCGAAAAAAAAAAAUUAUUUUCUACUCUACUCUUGAUUAUGUGAACAAAGUUCGACAGAAUUUUUCCUUCAGUCUGAAUUUCUACCUAAUUUUUCAAAAUAUUUUAUAUAUAUAUAUAGGCGUAUAUGUAAAAGUGUGUGAAAAAAAGUAUAAUGUAAUAUAUUGUAAUGCAUUCGAUGUUUAGUGCUUCUCUUAUAAAUAAUACGAUGUAAAGUUUGCUAUAAAUAAUAGUGCAUAUGCUGCUGUCAAGCUUGAAGAAGAUUUAAGUUCAUUAUUGCACAGUAAGGAAACCGAAAAUGAGUUUACGCUGGAUUCACGAAAAUCUAGAACCACCGACGUGCGAUGAGGAAUGCAGCGAUAUCGACGAUAGUUGCAGCGACGAUAGCUAUGACACGGAACUAGCCCCCCAGGAAGACGAUGACAUAAUGGAAAACGGGAAAAAAAUCGCUCGCGAAAUCCGGAAGAGAGAAACUAAAAGACCUCCGACCACGACCGUCACCUUUGACGGGAACGGAACGCCGCGUAACGUCGAUCGUAACUCCAAAUCACGUAAAUAUACGCCAUAUGUAAUAUGGGAUCCUCGACAGCCAGCGAAAAAUCCUGUCUAUAAUAGUCGGAUAAUAAAAUUGUACUGUCGAACGGGAUAUCAUCUGGCAAUUACACCGUCCGGACGAGUUCGGGGAUUAUCUGACAACAAGGAGUCACACGCUUUGCUUCAUGUGACGCCGGUAUCUUUCGGCGUUAUUAGAAUACAAAGUGUCGAAACGAGACUUUAUUUGGCAUUUGAUAAAAAAGGUCGAUUAUAUGGAGAGGCAAAUAUGACUAAUGAUAAUACCGAAUGGGAACAAUGGCGUAUCGGUUCUUACGAUGCGUUUCGAUCACGCAAAUACGUGCAUUAUGGAUGGUGGAUAGGGAUAAAGAAGAAUGGACGGACAAAACCGGGACCGAAAACAUCUUGGGGACAAAAAGCAAUACAAUUUUCCCCUAUUCAAGAGGACUAGUCGAAGAUUAAUCAGAAAAUUUUAGUACACAGACAUAUGCUUCUUAUAUUUUAUUCAUAAUAAAUUAACUGUUCGGAAAUGGAACAAAGGAUGAAUGAGUUUUACGAGAAAAAAAUGUUGACAGAUAAAAAAUUCAUUCGAACGAGGCAUUGAUCAAUUAGUAACAUGUUCCAAUAGAAUAUAAUGUUUAUUAUAA